AGGUGAGAUAAUCGUUCCGGGAUUUCUUGUGCUGAGCGCCUCAGCACACACAGCUUCAGUGGACCUGCAACAAAAAGCGAUACAGCAAGUCGCGCCAGUGAUAGCCUACAUUUCAAAUCAGCACAUCAUUAUUCAGUGGACGAUGGGAAGCGGUGGCAACACAUCGGACAUUCCGUACUAUUUCUCACAUUUUGCCAUGAUGAACAAUAGUGUUUUUUGUCGGAACUUCAGCGAUAACGUGAGUGUAGAGGCCAAAUGUGAGAGAACAGACAACCUAGCCAAAGACUCGACACCAGUGAUCAUCGCGAUUAUAAUCACGACUCUUUACUCUAUCGUGUGUGUGCUUGGUCUGGUGGGGAACGUACUCGUCAUGUAUGUCAUUAUCAGAUACACUAAAAUGAAAACCGCCACAAAUAUCUACAUCUUCAACCUGGCCUUGGCUGAUGCACUAGCCACCAGUACACUGCCCUUCCAGAGUGUCAACUUCCUGAUGGGGACUUGGCCGUUUGGAGACAUUCUGUGCAAGAUAGUGAUAUCCAUCGACUACUACAACAUGUUCACCAGUAUCUUCACAUUGACCACCAUGAGUAUUGACCGUUACAUUGCAGUGUGCCACCCCGUCAAGGCCUUAGACUUCCGCACGCCCCGUAACGCAAAGAUUGUCAACGUGUGCAACUGGAUCCUGUCCUCUGCCAUCGGUCUGCCUGUCAUGUUCACCGCCUUAACUACUGUAACUGAUAAUGGCAAGUAUGACAGAUUCAUCGACUGCACUUUGAUCUUCCCACACCCAUCCUGGUACUGGGAGAAUCUCCUGAAAAUCUGCGUCUUCAUCUUUGCCUUCAUCAUCCCAGUCCUCAUCAUUACUGUAUGCUACGGGCUAAUGAUCUUGCGCCUGAAGAGUGUGCGCAUGUUGUCCGGCUCCAAGGAGAAGGACCGCAACCUGCGGCGCAUCACCCGCAUGGUCCUGGUGGUGGUGGCCGUCUUCAUCAUCUGUUGGACGCCCAUCCACAUCUACGUCAUCAUCAAAGCCCUUAUCAACAUCCCCAACUCCCUGCUGCAGUCCGUCACCUGGCACUUCUGCAUCGCUCUGGGCUACACCAACAGCUGCCUGAAUCCCGUCCUCUACGCCUUCCUGGACGAGAACUUCAAGCGCUGCUUCCGCGAGUUCUGCAUCCCCCUGAGUCCCUCUGUGCUGGAGCUGCAGAAUUCUUCUCGUACCCGCCCCCACCAGCAGCACCAGCGCGAUCAGCACUCCAGCGCCAACAGGGUGGAGAGGUCCAAUCAACAGGUAUGACUAGGUAUGGAGAUGUUGUCUUUGGACUCACGCUACCAGCCUAACGAUGACAUGAGCUCGGAAGUCACCCAGGUAACCACAGUGCUCUGACACAAAGCUCUGACACAUGAUGCGCCAGGAUACUGAAGUGCUUCGUAGCACAAGCAUCGAUCGUACUGUCGCCUCUUUCUGGAGAGGCUGACAAGUAUUUGAAUGCAGAAUGACACUCUUUAUAAAGCCUUCUGUCAGGUAGCAUUAUUAAAAUGUUGAACAUUAGGCAGAACACUGAAAUGAAGACACAUCAACUAUUAUGUACACAGUAUCUUUGUAGACUGGUAUAUUGAACAUACUGUAAUAUGAUAAUGUUCUGUGGUCAACAUCAUUCACAAUUAGAAACUCUUGAUUGAGAGCACUUAUUUCAAGACACUAAUUCAAGAAGAUUGUUAUUCAAGGGUCAAGCGGCGAUUCAAAAAAACAAGGCGGCCACCCCACCACUUGUUUUGGUAAACAGCUGAGAGAUGGGACUGGAGGAAUGUUACCACUGUCAAAUUGAUAGACAGAGCUAUGGAUGCAAGAACUGACCAUCCAUGAGAUCAAAAUGAUCUGUUUGUUUGUUUCCAGAGUCAAUGGCUUUAUAUUAUUCAUUUUAAAGUCAGAAAAUGGAUGUAGCCUACCAAUCUGCUUUACAUCUACUGUAUGUAUAGCAGCUUUUAUAUACUGUAUGUUCUGUACUAAAUUGUUAUUUAUUAUAUGUGUAUAUGAUGUGCAAGUGGUUUGGGAACUAUCAAAUGAAUGAAUUGUAUUGUAUUUCCGUGUCAAAUCGGCAGUUGGCAACCCAUCCCUUACUGGAUUUACUGACGCAUAGGCAAACAUUACAAUGAUUCACAGUGAUUAUUUAGUGAUAAUUCUUCCAGUGUUCUGUGCAGUGUGCACUGCAUAAAGAAUGAAAAAUGAAUAAUAAUAAAUAAGGUUUUUCAAGCAAUAAUAAUAACAACCCUAGAGCUGUAAAAUAUAAAACAAAUUAUUAACAAAAGAAAUACAGCAAAUGGCAUUUAAACCCGGUCUGGCACAAAGAGAAUAUUUAAAUCAAAUCUAAUUUUAUUUGUCACAUGCACCAAAUUCAACAGGUGUUCAUCUUACUGUGAAAUGCUUACUUACAAGCCCUUCUAUUGUGAGUGAUAUACACAAUCUAUAUACAUAUUUGUACUUUGAAUUUAAUUCUGUCACCCUUUUUCUUUUAUUCCCAGCUUUAUAAAACAAAAUCUGCAAACAGAAAUACACAACAGACAAAAAACUAUUUCAGUUUCUCUUCAUCCCUCAGCCACAUAAUGCCAGGGUAGAUUUGGUGGAAUUUCUGAAAGCGUAUAUUGUGGUAGAAAGGACAAUAGAGGAUAAAAUUAAUUGAGUUCUCUCUUCGAGGUCACAAUAGUUACAUAGUGUCUCCGCUUCCAUUUCACCACAAACCGACCUGUUUCAAUACACUUAGACAAUAUCCCUUAUAUUACCUGUUUCAAUACACAGAGACAAUAUCACUGAUCUUACCUGUUUCAAUACACAGAGACAAUAUCCCUGAUCUUACCUGUUUCAAUACACAGAGACAAUAUCCCUUAUAUUACCUGUU